CUGGGGCGGCGCAAACCCUGCGGCACCGGCUUCCCUGCCGGGAUCCGGCUGCGGCCGGACCUGGCCUGGGCUGGCGGGGAGGAGGGGGCUGGGGAGCAAUGGAUACCGGGGUCCCAGAGACCCCAGGGCCGCCCGAACAGAGGGCGAAGAGCUGGGCCCGGGGGAGGGGUGGCUGUGCCACCCCGUAGGGGGAGAUUUUCGGACGCCCCGCCCUGGUGGAUGCGGAUUGCUUGCGACGUGGAGGGGUGGGGACCUCGGCGGUUUGGGUGUUUCCGCAGUCUGGCCGCCCUGCCUCUGAAUCCAGCUUUCCCCACACACUCCCUCUCCCCUCUGAGCCUCAGUUUUCUCAUCUGCAGAGUGGGGACGGUAACACCCUUUGUCGUAGAGUUUGGAGGAUGCAAUGAGUUUGAAAGAUGAUGACAGUGGGGACCAUGAUCAGAAUGAAGAAAACAGCACACAGAAAGAUGGUGAGAAGGAAAAAACGGAACGAGACAAGAAUCAGACCAGUAGCAAGAGAAAGGCUGUUGUCCCUGGACCGGCAGAGCAUCCCCUGCAGUACAACUACACUUUUUGGUACUCCAGGAGAACCCCCGGCCGUCCCACGAGCUCACAGAGCUAUGAACAGAAUAUCAAACAGAUUGGCACCUUUGCCUCUGUGGAGCAGUUCUGGAGGUUUUAUAGCCACAUGGUACGUCCCGGGGACCUGACAGGCCACAGUGACUUCCAUCUCUUCAAAGAAGGAAUUAAACCCAUGUGGGAGGAUGAUGCAAAUAAAAAUGGUGGCAAGUGGAUUAUUCGGCUGCGGAAGGGCUUGGCCUCCCGUUGCUGGGAGAAUCUCAUUUUGGCCAUGCUGGGGGAACAGUUCAUGGUUGGGGAGGAGAUCUGUGGGGCUGUGGUGUCUGUCCGCUUUCAGGAGGACAUUAUUUCAAUAUGGAAUAAGACUGCCAGUGACCAAGCAACCACAGCCCGAAUCCGGGACACACUUCGGCGAGUGCUUAACCUACCUCCCAACACCAUUAUGGAAUACAAAACUCACACCGACAGCAUCAAGGACAAUUCAAGCUUUCGAAAUACAAAAAUCACAUUGUGAGAGUACACAAGCUGGCAAUAAUCCUUUUCUGUAUGUGUGUGUUUGUCCGAAAUGGAUGGGAGGCCUCCAGCCAGUCCUUCCAUUGCUCACUGAAGGGACGUCCCUGAGCCAUGCGCUCCCCUUUUGCACUCAUUCCUGGAGGACGGAUUCCGCUAGACACCCUCCAGCAUCGCUGACUUUAUAAAGCGGAAAAAUGGAAAACGUGACUUUGUAAUAGACAAACAUUGUUUUUUAAUGGGGUUCCGUGGGGGGCAUUCAGCCUUUCUGUUUGCUGUGUGCUGUCCAGAUGCCUCUUGGGCAUCCUGUUGUUCUCUUCCUGUGCUGUACGAAGGGUACCGUGGCCACGUGUACAUGCCAGAGCUGUUGAUGAGAGUUACCAGUAUUAUGAAUGUCUGUGCAUCCAGGAAAAGCGUGCUGUUGGAGAGUCCCAGAAUAGCUGUAAAUGCUCUCUUCUAGCUCUGCCAUUAAAUUAUUGGGACAUUUUGUUUCUUUCUCUCCCCUCCUCCAAGCCCACCACUUUCUGAAGCUGUGUUACUGAUGUGAUGACUGUCCAGGAUUUUGUAUCAUCCCCUGCCUUAUGCCCUCCAGUCUCCUCUCCUGUGGGACUCUCUCCUUCUUAGGCACAGCUGCACUUAGAAUUGUAAUCCAGUGGCUCUUACUGGUUUUGCUGAGGCAGCUUAGAGGGAAUGCCUUAGUAAACUGAACUGGAGCAGAAUCUAGUUUGAUUAGAAGCUAGAUUAUAAUCUAGGUUCCAAGUACAGAAUUUGGAGCUGAGGACAGUGACUGAAAUCAUUUUCCCAUAUGAGCAGACCCUGUGUGUCAGGCCUGUUUCCCAUGUGAGCAGAGCCUGUGUGUCAGGCCAGGCCUGUUUCCCAUAUGAGCAGAGCCUGUGUGCAAGCCUGUUUCUGGCAUGUCCCUCAUUGAGGAAGGGAAGCAAAGCUGGUUAUUGUCAGGCCUAUUAACACUUAAUAUGCAAAUUCUAUCAUCCUGAAACUGGGGCAUCUGAGGAAAAGGUGACCUUGCUGGAUGGCUUUAUUUGCAUGGCUCUGCCUGUCUGCAGUGGUUGAGUCCUCAUCACCUGGUAUGUGUAUGAGCAAAUGUGUGCUGAUCGUGAUGCCCAGGCAGAAACCUCUUGAAGACUACUGCAGGCGUGCUUUAAAAAUGACCAGUCACUCAUCAGAGAAGCUGGGUGAUCUGACUCCAGAAGGACUGAAGUCAGAGAGGUCAAAAGAGCACCUAGGAUUCAAAUAAAUUGAGUCAGAGUCCUAUAGCAACCUCCAAGGAGCACUGUCUUACUUGGCUCUUGUGAGCAAAGACUGCAGUACCUUAAAUUAAGGCCUCUCUUUAAAACAUAUCCUUGAAGACUAGGGGAUCCUUGGCCACCUGGUCUCAGAGAAAUCAUAUGAGAGUAACAGGCAUUUUCUUACUGUGUUUAUAUUACACUCUUCCUACUUUUCCAUUCCUGAACACCCUCUAAUUACCACUGUUUUGGGGAUGCUUUUUUCCUGAAAGAACGGGGAGUACAGGGGCCAAAAGGGAGGUGCUUCCAUUACAGGUCAAGUUAGAUCAGAUAAGAAGAUCUAGCAGUGAUUUAAACUCCAGGAAUAUGAAGAGUGCAUUCUGAUGUCCAGACAGUUGUGAAGGGCUUGGCAAAUAUAAGAGUACCAUUGGCUACAUGGAGAGCAAAGGCUGUCUUUGAAGACCCCAGGGAGGUCUUCACUUUUGCCUAAAUUCAGAUUUGCCAUGAAAAUUCCAAAGAGAGCAGAUAUUUGGAUUUGCCCUCCUUUGGGCAUCUACCUGACUGUUGUGUGUGUGGGAAAGUCAGUGUGUGUGUGUACAGUGUGCUUUGGAGUGAGUGAGUGGUCAGGCCUACUGGUUAGGUAUGUUGUCCAUAGUUUUUGUUGUUGUUGUUGUUGUUCAGAGUUUUGAAUCUUAUGUUUUCUAGAGCUGCUCAUGUUUUCCCUUCCUCUUUGUCGCUGUAGUAUUUGACAGUUGUCUUUUCCAUCAAAAACAUACUGGCCCUAGGCUGGUUAGAGCAAGGGGUUAUGCCUGUUAGGCAGCAUCUUACGCCCAGUGUUCUCCCAGAUACUCUGCCUAACAGGUUUAAGUGGGAGAUUAAAUAGUCAGUUUAUCUAAACCCUCUAUUUUUCCAAACUAGCUUGAGAGGUCUUUUCAUCUAUUUUUACUCCAGGGGCCUCUGAUAUGCUGAGAUGUGACACAGUUAUGAUUAUGGUAUCACCUGGUAUAGAGACAAAGGGAUAAAGGUCUACCAGGGCCAAUGUAACCAGAAUGUGAGGAGAGUGGAGAGUCGGUCUCCACUUUGCACAGUUGGGGCUGUUCUCCUCUAACCCCUUUGCUGGGUUUUCUGUUUGAAAUUGGCCCCUACUCCUCUCCAGUGUCUGCUUUUUGAAUCCUUCUGUUCGUGUGCGUGUGUGUGUGUGUGUGUGUGUUCCCUGUGAUACUGGCAGUGGCAAUAAUUUUCCACCCAGAGAGAAGCUUGUGGUCCACAAUGCUCGAAGAAUGAAUUUCCAAGUAUUUGCCAGUGGAAACGGAGCAGAGGCUAUGACAAGAGUGAUUUAGUGUUGCACUUUCAGAGCAAUUAUCUACUGCAGUAAUAAAUGGAAAAUAUCAGCAAGAA